CUGGCAUUUGCCAGUUACUCCCCUACUUCCUCCAAGUUCUACCGGAUGGGGGUGUUUCAGCUGCACUGCCCGUAUCCCGUGUUCUCCGGGGGAAUAAACAGUAGGAGGAGGCCGCUGCCUGGCACUGAGGGGGACGCUGUGAGUCGUGAAGAAGACCUCUGGUGAGUGUGUGACAUCCAGCGGCCCUCCAUAUAUGUGUUAGGAGGACUGAGCAGGACCCAGAGCCCCAACACGGUGCCUCCACCUCAGUCACUGAUACAUGGGAGAGACAAUGGGCAGAAGACUGGAGAAGUAAUGGAGAGUCACAUGUCAUUGAGAUCACUGGAUCUAACCAGUAACAGAGAUACCCCAGAGAGAUGUCCCCGUCCUCUUUAUUCCCAGGACUGUACAGAGGAGACUCGCAGGACCCCACAGAAGGAUCAAGAGGAAGAUCUGACUGAUAUUAAGGUAGAAGUUAUAGAUGAAGGAGGAGAGACGCACGUGACGGUGUAUCAGCAGUGUAAGGAGGAGGAAAUCCCUACAGAUACCAGCACAGAUGGAUCCAGACAUACCUUAGAGAGAUGUCUCCGUCCUCUCUAUUCCCAGGACAGCACAGAGGGAAAUCACAGGAUCCCACAAGAGAAUCAGAGUCAAGAUCGGAUUAAUAUUAAGUUGGAAGUAAUAAAAGGAGAAGAAGAGACAUAUGUGAGGGGUGAUCAUCAGUGUAAGGAGGAGGAAAUCCCUACAGAUAUCAGCACAGAUGGAUUCAGGAACAGAGAUACCCCAGAUAGAUGUCUCCGUCCUCCUUAUUUACAGGGUAAUACAGAGGAAAAUCACAGGACCCCACAGGAGGAUCAGGGAGAAGGUCAGACUACUAUGAAGUCAGAAGAUGUAGAGGAAGAAGAAACAUAUGUGACUGCCAUUAAGGUAGAAGUUAUAGAGGGAGAAGAAGAGAUUUCUGUGAGGAAUGAUCAGUGUAAGGAGGAGGAAAUCCCUACAGAUAUCAGCACAGAUUGGUGCCAAGGCAGGAAUAGCUCAGGGGGACAUCUCGCUUCGUCUCCAUAUCUGAAAAGAGAAGAUGACAACAUCGUACCAGGUUCCCAUGGAAAAAUCCCUGUUACCUUAAAUAUACAUCCAUUACUUCACACUGCAGAAACAUCGUCUAAUCCCUCUAACCUUGAGGAAUGUUCUCCUGAUGAUUCAAGUGCUAAAAACUUUUCUUGUUCUGAGUGUGGGCAAAGUUUUACAUAUAAAUCAGGUCUUCGUAGACAUCAGAGAAUUCACACAGAUUGGUGUGAAAGCAGGUAUAGCUCGGAGGGACAUCUCUCUUCGUCUCCAAAUUUUAAAGCGGAAGAUGACAACAUCGUACCAGAUUACCAAGGAGAAAAUUCUGUUGCCCUUCAUACACAUCCAGUACUUCACACUGGAGAAAUAUCGUCUUAUCCCUCUAACCUUGAGAAAUGUUCUCCUGAUGGUUCAGGUGAUAAAAACUUUUCCUGCUCUGAAUGUGGGCAAAGUUUUACAUAUAAAACAGAUCUUGUUAUACAUAAGAGACUUCACACAGGAGAGGAUGUAUUUAGGUGUUUUGAAUGUGGAAAAUGUUUUACACAUAAACUACGUCUUGUUAAACAUGAGAGAAGUCACACAGGUGAGAGACCAUUUCCAUGUUCUGAGUGUGGGAAAUGUUUUAGACAGAAACAACAUCUUGUUUCACAUCAGAAAACUCAUACAGGUGAGAAACCGUUUGCAUGUUCUGAGUGUGGGAUAUAUUUUACAGAGAAAUCCAGUCUAAUUAGGCAUCAGAGAAUGCACACAGGCAAGAAACCAUUUCCAUGUUCUGAGUGUGAGAAAUGUUUUAGAAACAAAUCAAGUCUUGUUCAGCAUCAACGACUUCACACUGGUGAGAAGCCAUUUAAAUGUUAUGAGUGUGGGAAAUGUUUUACACAGAAACAACUUCUUGUUACACAUGAGAAACUUCACACAGGUGAGAAUUUAUUUCCAUGUUCUGAGUGUGGGAAAUGUUUUAAUCAUAAACAACAUCUUGUUACACAUCAGAGAACUCAUACGGGUGAGAAACCAUUUCCCUGUUCUGAGUGUGGGAAAUGUUUUACACAGAAAUCAAUUCUAAUUAUACACCAGAGAACUCACACAGGCGUGAAACCAUUUCCAUGUCCUGAUUGUGGCAAAUGUUUUGCACAGAAAUCAAUGCUAAUUAUACAUCAGAGAACUCACACAGGCGACAAGCCAUUUCCAUGUUCUGAGUGUGGGAAAAGUUUCAGAAACAGAUCCGGUCUUGUUGACCAUCAGAGACGUCAAUCAUGUGGAAAACUAUUUUCAUGUUCUUGGUGUGGGAAAUGUUUUACAGAGAAAUCUUUUCUUGUUAGACAUCAGAGAAGUCACACAGAUAACAAAAUGUUUCCAUGCUUUGAGUGUGGGAAAAGUUUUACACGAAAAUCAAGUCUAAUUAGUCAUCAGAGAACUCACACAGGUGACAAUCAAUUUCCAUGUUCUGAGUGUGGGAGAUGUUUUAGAAGUAAAUCGGGCCUUGUUGGACAUCGUAGACUUCACACAGACAAAAAAAUACUUCCAUGCUCAGAGUAUGGGAAAUGUUUUCCGAACAAACAAAAUCUUGUUGAACAUCAACAAAUUCACAUCGGUGAAAAAACAUUUUCAUGUUCUGAGUGUGGGAAAUGUUUUACAUGUAAAUCAGCUCUUGUUAUACACGAGAGAAUUCACACAGGCGAGACUUUAUUUCCAUGUUCUGAAUGUGGAAAAUGUUUUAUACAUAAACAUCGUCUUGUUAGACAUGAGCGAAGUCACACAGGUGAGAGACCAUUUCCAUGUUCUGAGUGUGGAAAAUGUUUUAUGCAGAAACAACAUCUUGUUAUACAUCAGAAAACUCACACAGGUGAGAAAUCUUUUCAGUGUUCCAAAUGUGGGAAAUGUUUCGCACGGAAAUUAAGUCUAAUUCGCCAUCAGAAAACUCACACAGGAGAGAAUCCAUGUCCAAAGUCUUAGUGUGGUAAAUGUUCUAGAAAUAAAUCGCAUAUGGCUGAAAAUCAUAGACAUCAAGUGGAAAUCCGUUUCCAUACUCUUGAUGUGGGAAAUAUUUUCCGGAGAA